AAGCUUUAUCGUAUCUAACCAUUAAUUCUCAGCACACCUCGGACUCCAGUUAAGCUCUGACCAUCAGCCAUGGAUUUUCGCCAUCGCUUUUGAUGUGGUUUUCUGUUGACUGGAAAGUUUAGUUGCGCGGCUUCAAACUGGAGAUGCUCUUAAAAUGCCUGUUACGACAAUGAUGGUUUCACAAUUAAGUGAUACAACUCAGAGAACGACAACAAAUAAGCCAAAAUCCUCUAUUACAUCUAAAUAGUUACCUUUAAGCCUGAUGAUUUCUUACUUUUUCCAACCAAAUCGCACUUCCAUCAACAUUGUUGGUGGGGAAAAUGGUAGUCGGGGCAUGUUUCACGUUGCUGGCUAUCUCCACUAAUGAAGAAUUACACUGCAUGGCUUGCUUUCUUCACCACUGAACCAAAUCUAUCUAUUACUUAUCAAAUUUUCCCACUAUAGACGAAGACAUGGUUAAAGUUAUAUAACUCCUACAGGUCUGCUACUUUUAGUGCUUAUGUGCCUUCUUAAAGUAGGAUGGGAUAGCAUCAAAAACAACACAAGCUGGGAAAUGAAAAGCGACAUUUUUGUAUAUGUUCUAAGACUUCAUCAGUAAGAAUUUCAUUUAGAUUGAUAUAACUUGGCGUGCAAAUAAAGUUAUCUACAUAUUUCACCGAAAAUCUAUUGUUUCUAUUGGAUUUCAUUGCUUGACUUUUUCCAUUUUAAAGUGUUUAGUCGUGUUCUACCGGUUCUGUUUAAUUUGAACCUAUCUACAUUAGAAAACCGAUAAUUGGUGACAACUGUUGAUUACUACAUUUAUUCUUUCCAGAACUCCUGAAACGGUUAUAUAGUCAGUCCAUACAAUUCAUCUAGAAAGUUUGAUGCUUAAUAUUUGAAGUUUAUUAGUAGUCAUUAAAGUAACCAGUUAUGGCGAAAUAUCAUGCAACCUCUCUGUGCUAAUUAUUAUUACUGCCAAAGAGAAAUGAGUUUGUCUAACCAACCAAUUAACCCAACUUUUUUUUCCAGAUGUUAUGGGAAGAUGUGGAGCUACAAUUCAAAAUUGGUUCUUAGCAAUAGAAAAAGGCGAUCUGUCGCUGGUUCAAAAACUCUGGAAGGAUAUAAGUGAUAUAGAUGUCACGGAUACAUACAUCCUCAAUAAUAUUAAGCAUGAAAAUGUAACUGGGCUGAUUAUUGGUGCCCAUUUCGGUCACAAGGAUGUAGUUAGAUGGCUUUUAAAAAAUAAAGCAAAUGUUAACUGGGAAACUAAUCUGAAAUGGCGUCCGAUUCAUUUCGCCGCUAAACGUGGUCACUGUGCCACGGUGGAUAUGCUUUGCAGCAGUGGAGCACUUGUUGAUCCAGUUACAAUGAAUAAUGAAACGCCUCUGUCGCUGGCUCUUCAGUCUCACAUGCGCGAUACUGUGCGCAAACUUGUACAUCUAGGAGCACAAGCAAACAAAAGUAACGAAAGUCUUGUCUAUCACUACGUUUGCCGUGGGAUGCUAGUACCGGAUAAUUCAUCACAAGCGCAACGUGAGAAUGUUGAUACUGCUCGUGAUGGGAGCUUACAGUUGCGAAAUCAAAGUCCACGAACCAAUUCAUCAUCAGUACCAGAUACCGGUUCUUCUCCAUCCUCAAAUGGUGAUACAACGGACUUUUCGAUUGCAGUUUUCGAUAGUCAAGUUAUAAUGAAUCAACUUCAGUGUCAGUCGACAAGUUACGACUUAGAACUUGCCAGACGAAAAAGAGAACUAAUCAGGCGCCUACCAUUCCUACCAUGUAUGUCACAACAUUCAGCUAAUCAAUUCCUGCAAUUGACUCAGGUCGCUUCCCGUGCAGAUUUACCCCUGGAAAAUCGUCUAUCUACAGUUUCUCAUCUUUUCAGUCUGCUUCCUAUUCUGUCUCCCAGCGAUACUCAUAGUGAUCUUUCCAGUAAGACUGCAUCAAUUGGCAUUAUCAUUGAACCAUAUUUGCGUCUUUUUGAGGCGUGCUUGUGUGAAUCUCAUUGCUCCCUAGAGUUGUGUGUUCAAUUAAGUAGGCUUGCUGUGCAUAUAGCAGCCUUAGGGGCAGGAAAACGUUUUGAUACCAAUGGAUCUGUUACUAGUGACGAAUUUUCUCCUAAAACAAACACCCCAUCUGCUCAUAUCAUUUCUUACAUUUUAAAGUUACUCAAGAGGCUGCUUCUCAAAGGAAAUACUCAGUAUAGAUCAGGCAUUCUUUCACAUAUUUCACGGAUCUUAUCAGAUUUAUGCUUACCAAUGAGUCAUAAAAGUAAUCAACCUUUUAGUGUUAUUUGUUCCUGGUGUGAUCUUUUACCAUUUGUUUCAAGCAUCAUUUCAAGGCUUAUUCGCUUAGGUGAAACUCUUGAUCAACCACUAAACGUAUCACGUUUUGCACAACUUGUUAGUCUUAUUGCUCGAUGUUUGAUUAGCUCUCUUCCAAAAGCCAGCCAGAUUUCCCUGUCCUCGCGAAUUUCUGACCUUGCAGAUAUUCUUGUGGGCUGGAGUGUGGAUUCGUCUAGUGGCUCAAAAGAUGUAAAUGUAAGCCCUAUAUGUGACGAAAUUUACUUUGGCCUUUCACAUUGGUUUUUCCUACGUACAGAAGAUAAGCCUGAAGAAUCAAAGCAGUUUAUAUCGUUGCCGGUUGUAAAUGAAAAUAUUCGAGAAAUGGUUACUCACUUAUUGGAAGAUAGCGAAAAUUCACUGAGUGCAGCUAUUUCAGAAAGCACCACUGUUAACAACAAACGUAGUCCUACAGUACCAGGAGGUGCGAUACCUUCAUCUGACCCAAACGGUCAUUUUGUAUCACUUCAACUCUUCCUCAAUGUUUUGUCUAGCAUAUUUGGAGGUAUCUGCAAUCGUAACUUUGCUUCAGAAGAUAUUGGUUUCGACCAUUUAAUGUCUGGUGACGUUUCACAAUGGAUUGAACGUCUGCUGCGCAUUGUCCAAUCAACAAACGCUUAUUAUAUCUCAUUGUCAUCACAAAAACAAACUACUUCAUGGCACUCUUCUCAUACCCCGACUUGUGCUUUUCAUGUCCCAUUUAUUGUCCUGGAUGGAAUUCAGUCUUCAGUUUUCCAACUAUUAAGCUGUUUGGUACAAUUUUCUGACUGUUCAAAUGCUGAUAUUCUAGCCGUACAAAACUGCUUGAUAUCUAGUGUGAAUGUUGAAAGUUUGGUCUUUACUGAUUAUUCAUUGACUUCAUUACUUGAUCUCAUAUUCACUAUCCUGAAAGUGAAAUACUCCUCUACUUCAACCUCUGUAAUUCCUUCGUCGUUGUCAAUUUAUUUUGAUUCUCAUUCAAAACUGCAUCAUUUCAAAUUGUGCUGCAAAUCAGAUAGCAGGAGGACUGAUACACCAAGUCAGAAAAUUUUCCAAGUACUGUGUCAUUUAUCGUCUAUGAAUUCUCUUCAAAAAGCUGUUUGCGAAUUAGCAUUAUCUGAUCUUGAAUUGGCAACAAAUUCUCAGAAAGAUUUGGAUUUGUCUGUAUCUUCAAGCACUUGUAAUUUGGAAACCUUAUCAUUAUUCAGUUUAUCACUGUUAUCCAAAUUGAUGCGAAACAUGUCUUAUGAACUCAGAAAUGAAUUGCUUUGCCGUAUAUUUGAGAUCGUUCGAGUAAACUGUUUGAAGAACUGGUCUGUUGUUCCAACUCGUGUCAGAAUAAUCAUCCUGACAUUUUUGAAUAAUCCAUCACUACUUACAACAUUUCAAACAGUCAACAUUAUGGAUAUGUUAACCAGCUUUCUUUCUAUCAGGAAUAUUUCCAAUAUGGAGAGUUGCAUUCUUCUGAAUUUAAUCGACUACUUUUUCUCUGAAGGUAUCAUGUGUUCCGAUGAUAAGCUAACUUUAUUUACUCACCUCGUAGUAUUGUCAAAGCGUACACUUGUUUCACAAGUAGCUUUGGAUUCAUCUCGUCAAAAUGUUUUUAUCUUGUGCGCGAACGUAUUUGUGAAAUAUGCUCUCCCAUACAUCAAGAAGGGUGAUGCAAAACUUGCUUCUUAUCUUUUACACUUAGCACAAAUCUCAUUAUCUUACCCAUGCUUGCAAGUUCAAAAAGCUGGUAACGAUUUAUUACUUCCAGUUGGAUCAUUUACUUCCAAUAAAGUCGAAUUUCCAUCAACCAACUUAUAUUCAGAAUUGCUCUGGAUUACCACUCGACGACCAGAUUAUUCGUCUACAGCUUUAUUAUCGUCAACCAGCCUUGGUUACGCAGAUUGUAAUAAUAGUCCAGCGGCGAUGAUCACUUCUUUUCCUAGCCUUCCCGCUGUUGCAGGAAUUCUGGGCAUUUUAACAAGAGGAGCUCCUUAUACACAGAAAUUAGAAAGCAGUCGACUGAGAAUUCUAAAGGACCCAAAUGAUUGGAUCCGACGUUUGUCGCAUUUAAUUUCUCCGCUUCCAUCAGAUUGCAAACGUGACCUGUCAUUACUUCAGUGCACUAGUUUUAUGCAGCCGGUACUAUGGCACGCAGCAUGGGCAAUGGUCGAAUACAAAUUGAAGGUUGCUCCUUGGGCUAAUCCACUGAGAACAUUCUUCUCUCUUGAAGGAACUUUAAGAGCGUUUCUACGAUCAAAAGACACCAUCGAUUCUUGUAAUGGAAACUCGAAUUCAAUAGCACCUUUUUAUGUAGCUUCUUCUGAGGCGCUCGCUCAUCAGACAACCAAUCGACAGCUUAGUCAAAUUCAAUUGCUUAUGAGCUUUUUGGGGUAUCUUGAACGCAUUAUUUUCAAUGCCACUAGUGGUUUUGCGACUGCACUACCGCGUCCUUCAACAACUGCUACUCUAUUUUUCACAGCAAAUGAAAAUACGUGUACCCAGUGGUACAGUCGAAUUCGAAAUAUUCUAAUUCUAAUAUCAAAUUGGGAUCAAGGCAUUUUACAACUAACUGGUUAUCUUGAUUCGAACUUAUCCAAAAGUAAAGUAUUGGCUUCAGAAAAUUCUACCACUAGCGAGACCAGUGAAAUUUCCAUUCAUGCAGCGUCCACAGUGUAUGUUACUGACGUCCUUCUUCAAAGUUAUCUUCUUGAAGGCAACUGUGAUGCUGCUGUGAAACUACGCAGUCGUGUAAAGCCGUAUUUCAAGGGAAAAUCACUGAAAGAUUUCGCACUAGGGCUUACUUCAGCACGUCUUGACUGUAUGAAUAAAUUGUUCAAAUGGACUUCUUCAAAAGAUGUUAGUGUUAAUCGUGAUCCGUCUGAACUUUCGUCGCACAACUUUCUUCAAACGCACCUGAACAGUUUACUCAUCAAUGCUGUGUGUUCAAUGCGUCAAACUCAAGAUGUAUCCUCACCAAGGUGUUUUUCCGAAUUGAUUUCCAUAGUAAGACAAAGGUCAGCAACUGCAACCUCCCUUCCUUCCUUAAACAUGUUUGCUGAUUAUUAUUCUCAGUCCAAAACUGUUCUCAAUGAUGGCUUACAGGAUUGGUUGAUCAAGGCUCAGUUUUUGAUUACUGAAGAGAGAAGCACUUCGUAUGAAAUAUCAGAUCCUUUGACCUACUCAUCAUGGAUGCACCUCGCAUCAUUAAAGGAGAAAGCCCACUCUACUUCUGAGCUUUCCGCUUGUCAAUGGGCAUGCUUGAGUAACUCUCCACAACUGGCGCAGCGUUUAAUUAUUAAGGCAGCUAAAUGUCUUACGCUGCUGGAACAUAACGUCUCUCAAGACAAAGGGAAAACGUCAUGUUUUGAUGGACUUUGUAAUGUGGUUUUGGCCAGUUCCAGCGAUAUCCUGUCUAAACUGUCACGAGUAGAUGCUUUGCAGUUCUAUUACUGCUUGGCUAAAACUCUGUGGUUAUCAUGCAGUGGAACAAAAGAAAAUGAAAAAGAUGGUAAAAUUAAAGCAAUCGCAAUGUUGGUAUCUGCUCUGAAACAAACAUUAUUUCAAAAAGUGGAUUGUAGUAUGUUAAAAACUGCAACUCAGUGUAAUUUGGAAGCUGAAGUGGCUCUGUGUCUCUUCAAGUGGUUGGAAUCGCCGUCCGGUCCCGAUAAUGUCCCAUGGACUAAAAGGAUAUGUCAAGAUUUGACAAGUUCAAAUAUGUCUGAACAAAAGUCGCAAAGACUGUUAGCCAUUGCAUCAGACCUCGAUAUGUUCAGUCGUUUUGCUGAUGUUUCUUGGCCUAGUGGCAUUCCCGGUGUCAACGAGUGUGUUCAACCUACUACAACAUAUCCUCUCUCAGCGUCCACGUGGCCUAACCGCCUAUUAAUGAUGGCUACUCAUCUAAAUGCAAAUGGUUUAUCUGCAUCUGUUUGGCUAGAGAUGGCAAAUUGGUGCUAUGCUCGAGGUUGUAAAAAAAUUGAUGAGUUUCAGUCAGCUGCAAGAACGUAUAUUAAGGAUCUCAGCGAAAUGUCUCCAAGUCAUCCUGCUGUCCCUGUCCUGUUGAAAUUAGUGGAUUCAACAGAAUAUCCCGUAUUAACUAUGUUAACUGAAAAACUAUGCAUCUCAUCACGAGAAAACACAAACAAUGAUGAGAAAUCAGAUUCAUCUAUACCAGCACUAAUCAGUGCUUUAGCUACCUUUUUAGCUACUGAGGCUUGUAAUGAAGAUGAAAUGGAGGGUUGCAAACAUCACAACACAUUAAAUAUUCAUCUACAUCAAUUUUCUCUUCAUUGUCCUGAUGAUCAGUUAGAUGGACAGAUACAAGAAAAGUUCUCUUCACAUUUAGUCAGCAUUCUUCCGCAGUUGAAGAAGUCAAGCCUGACUUCAGAUUUAAUCCAACUUCUGCACCAACUAUUAGUUUCAAUAACAGAACGUCAACAUGCCUUGCAUAUGUCAGCAGCACAAGCUUAUGCCACAUUUCUUACUAUAGUGGAUCAGUCUGGUGUACCUGAAAAUUCGCUCUUCUAUAAGCCAAUCACCAAAUUAGAUAUCACAACAACUACUUUGAAAUUUCUGGAUUUGUUGUGCUCUCCGUCUCGUAAGCUCAGAGGCAUGAUUUCUGGUUUCCUAGAUCAAGCCAAUCCAGUACUACAGGAAUUCUAUCAAAGUCAUUCUUUGAGUGUAGAUAAGAGUGAACUUAAACAGACAAAAACAAUUACAUCCAGUUUAACACUAGGUGGUCCAACAAUCUGGGGCACCUGUUUACCUCAAGUUCUGAUUCAGUUAGGUUUACCGGAUGGCAUGAUUCGAAACUGUUUAGUUGCACUACUGAACCGACUUAUCGUUAUUGAUAUUGACAAUGUUAGUUCCAAAUGGAGUUCUCCGUCUUACCGUCUAGCAGCCCAACUUGUUUUUCCGGCUGUAGUUGCUGCUUCAAAUCCUGUUACCACAAAUACUGGACAAAAAAGCAAUUCUCCUUAUUUUACAAACAGUCCUGAUCAUACAAGUUCUGUAAGUGUAUCUAUCUUGAAGUCAAAAGUCGAUCCAUCUCAUUCAUUUUCACAAAUAGUAGCAGCUUUGAGAAAUUCAGGUUUAGGCGAUCUUGUUGAACGUGUAGAAAUUUUUACCUAUGAACUACAGCGUAUUACUGUUCUGUGGGAAGAAUUAUGGCUGGGUUCAUUAGUACAGCAUUUGGAUGAACUGUCAAAAAAGAUAAACAUUUUGGAGUCGGAACUGAAACGCACUGAACAAUCAGAUGCAUACAAAAGUGCCAGCUAUUUGACGGCAUUAUCUAAGCAUGUAUCCGAUGGACUUCUCUCAGAUGAAAACGAAAACGCAGUUUCACAAUCAAGUGAUGUAACCACGGAUGAUACCGUUGCUUCAUUGUCAGUGUAUGAUACUGAAGAUAAGCUGGUGACACAUGAAGAGUUUUCAGAGGCUGUUGUUCUAGCGAAGUAUAUUGCUACACUUCAACCGACUCUUGAUUUGAUAUCACAGCUGAAUGCUUUAACCAUGCUCGUGAAACCUGAAACUCCCCAUGAAGAAUGGUUCCAAAAGACCUUUGGGCAUGCGAUUAACGAACUACAAGAAACCCUGUCACAUCCGGCAGAUCCUAAAGAUGUGAAAGAACCUAUUUUAAUUAUUCGUCGGCUCAUCCAGCAGCUUCAAACAUCACAUCAAUCAACAUUUUCUCAAAUUCAUACUGUCUUUCGUGGGGGAGGAGUCCCGGAUGCUGAUAUUAAAGUAUCAAAUAACAAUAUUGCUUACUUACAUCUUUGUCAGCUCAGUCCUCGACUUUCAAACAUGCAUUUCGAAAACUGUAUGAUUUCAUCAGAUAAACUAACCUGCGGCAUCCCACUGCCUGGCCAUUAUGGAAUAGAAGCAUCUCAUUUGGGUAAUAGCAUUACUAUUCUUCCAACGAAAACGCGUCCCAAGCGUUUACUACUUAGAGCACAGAACGGUCGUACGUACCCUUAUCUUUUAAAAGGUUUAGAAGAUUUACGCCUUGACGACCGUAUAAUGCGUUUGUUUGAGAUUACAAAUCUUGCUGCAGUUCAGUUGUCAUCACACGGUUCUGGUUAUUGUGAAAACAUGUUGGCUCGAACUUAUUCUGUUACUCCCUUAGGUGUACGCUCUGGUCUUUUGCAGAUGGUACAGGGCGCUGUUCCUCUUUACAGUCUCUAUAAAAAGUGGCAAAUAAGAACUAAUAAGCUAUCAUCUAAUAAUUCUUACGUGUCUUCAACAGCUGCAAUUCCAAGACCUGGUGAAUUGUUCCAUGCUCGCCUGAAAGAAUUGCUGCAUGCAUCCGGUCAGCAAUAUCAGUCCCAGUCUCGCUCACACUGGCCUUUGGAGACGUUACGAGAAGUCCUCACUUCUUUGGAAGCCGAAACGCCAGCAGACUUGUUAACUCGUGAGUUGUGGGCUUCUAAUUCGUCAUGUGCUAGUUGGUGGAGGGUUUCACGUGCGUUUGCUAAAUCGGCUGGAUUGCUUAGCAGUCUAGGAUAUUUAGUUGGUCUUGGUGACCGGCAUCUCGAUAACCUUCUCAUCGAUUUAUCAACUGGACAUAUCGUGCACAUCGAUUGCAAUGUAUGCUUUGACAAGGGUAAAAGUUUGAAGGUGGCUGAAAGAGUUCCGUUUCGGUUGACAAGGAUUUUGAGACAUGCACUUGGACCUGCAGCCCAAGAUAAAUCAGUACGGGGAUCUUUCCGGUUUUCAGCAGAGAAUGGUUUACAAGCUGCUCGUCACAUAGUGGAUCCUUUACUAAUGCAACUCAAGGCCUUUUUGAUAGACCCGUUAGUCGACUGGCAGAAUAAGAAACAUUCCACUAAUAAUUCUCAAGUUGUGACUGAUUUUAUUCACUUGUCUGCCUUUCAUGGUGGAGGGAGCACCAGCUCUAGGCAUUACCACUCAUUGUCAACUAACCGACGGCUGCGACGUGUUGAUUCAGAACUUCGUAUGUAUUCAGGUCUACUCACCUUACGACUUGUUGAACUUAGCCACAGUUCAUGUUUGGAUUCAGUAUUUUCUGUUCUGGACUCCCUUAUUUCGCGCUUAGCUGUGUGGACAGAACUAACAAAGGCUCGUCAGCAUGCAUCACUUCUGAAUGAUCGUUACAUAACUUUGCAAAAUGCUUCUCGUGAUGAUUUAUUAUCUUCUGAGCGUCACUGUCAACAAGUGGAGCAGAGUGAGCGAAAAGUUGAAAAAUUGUAUGAAAAACUUUCUACGCAAAAUAAUUUUUGGAUGGCUGAAAUCUUAUCACACUUUCAGAAUUUUAGUCUGCUAACUGAUCCCGAAUGGUUGCCACCUUUACUAGAAUCUAAUAAGGUGUCGGGUUCUCCACUCGUCACUGCUUUAUCAAACUAUCACUCAGUUGCUCGAAUUUAUCUUGGGAAUUCGGAGUUUACGCAUUCAAUGGCUUUAUGGUUAAAGGAAAUAAAGCAGUUCCACUCACAAAUGGAAAGUUUAAUUCAGUCAUCACACAGUGACAUUGACUCUCUAGUGACUUUCAUCUCAUCGAACACACCGCAGUUUAGUAGUCACUUUGAUUCAAAACUAGCUUCUUUACUGGAACAAGCAACCAAAAACAGUUUUGAUGAUUUAUGUGAAUUACGCAAACUUAAAGAUGAAAAUAUAAGUACGUAUCGUGGUUAUUUGAAUUCGGAUAGCGUUACCCAUGAAGUCGAUAAUUUGAAUUUAUUCAUCUGUGAUCAAGGUGCUGCUGGAGUAACUGCCUACAGCUGGGCCUUAUUGGACUAUGUUUUGAGUAUCGCAAGCAAUUCACUUGCUCUUGAGGUCGAGUUUAAGGAAUGGAGUGAAACCAGUAGCUGCCAAAGUGUUAGAAGUAACUUAAAAGCUCUUCCGCUAGAUCCACUCAAUACCUAUGCAGACUGCUUAGUAAAUUUAUUCACCGUUCUUGGUCACCAGCCUACUGGCGUAUGGAACUUCAGUGCCGGUUAUGAAGCAGACGUAAGAAGAGAACUAUCGUUUCUUUUAGCUGUCAAAGAUUCCGUUUCUUGUAUAAGUCAGUUGCAUGCUAAUCUAACAAGACUACUCGUUCCUGAAGCCAUGACGACCCUUAUAACAGCAAAAGUUCCCAUGGUGAGCGAUUUCUGCAGGUUCGUUAUGCGUCACAUAAACGAGUCAGAUACAAGUAAUCUCAAAAAACUCGUAGAUGAUUUCAUUCUAAAAGAUCCAGUCCCAGAUAACCAAGGUGAUUUGCAAGUGCAUCAUGUUCUUGUUGCCGUUCAUCUUGCUCUCACAAACGCCACUGCUCAAAUGGAGGAGAUAGCUGAACGAGUUCGUUCAUGUACCAUUACAGCCUUGGCAUGGUACUAUGUUGAUAUUAUUUCUCAAGUUACCAAUGUUCUUGUGCCAAAGAGUUUAAAAGGUGCGACAUCUUUGUGGAAAUGGGAGUUUAGUAGAUCGAACCGACUAUCAGGAGGAGUUACGCCCUGUUCAUGGACUGACGAAAUAUAUACUUCUGGGAUGAUGGCAUUUGUUUCCAUACUUGAGGAUGGACUAAUCCACUGGCAUGCAAUACAUCAUGGUUCUGUAACUAAGGUCAGCGAUUUGAAUUUACAACCGUUCAAUGAUCCAAUAAAUUCUUUCAUUGGUCGUUUGUCAUCCCGUAUUGCACUAGCAAGCAUGGUUGGAUUAGCAUCCGGCCGUCUUUUCUGUGCACUUGUAGAAAAUACAGGACUAUCUAUUCGCAGGCUGCUAGCUGAAAAUGAGCCACCAAAUAAUGCAGGCGGUAUGCCAGAUGUGUUAAGCUUAUCUGCAGAAAAGAUAAUUGAAAGUGUUCAUGUACACAUGUCACUUACUCAGCCAGUCAGUGUGCAGCAUCUCAGGGGCCCCGCAGCUAACCUUAUUCAUCGGCUCGUUACUCGUUCAGGUCAAGAAAGUCAGUUUUCAGUUGAUGUGGCCACACUCGAAGCAACAGAACAACAUUACAAACAUCUUCGUUUGUUCAUGUCAGCUUACAAUUGGAGGCAUAUGACGCAAGAAGAUGAGAAGUCGGCGCUUUACCAACAUGAUCCAUGCGUUUCUUUAGCAAAUGUUCUUGAUUCAAUUAGAGAUGCCGCAAAAUCAGAAAUUGUAUCCACUGAAGGGGUGUCCGGAGUUUCGGUGGAUUCAAUCGCUUUCUCUAUUUGUUACAUUGAAACAUGUAGAGUCAACGGUCUUAGCAAAUGUCCUUCAUUCUUAAAAUGCAUGGAUUUGGUCAGUGAACUAAAGCAAACAAAAGAACAGAAAGAAAAACUUACAUUGGAGUUUAGUGAAUUGGAUAGGGUUGUUUGUACAAUCAAGGAUGCCUAUGCAUUAGAUUGGCCCAUACUCAACUGGUUUCCUUCAUCUGCAUUCAAUGACACAAAUAUGAAAUCCGAUUUGUUUGAUCGUUUUAAAGGUGAUCUUGAUUCAGCUGAGUUUGCAGUCAAAAAAUUACAACAGCGUCUGACGCUUAUAAAACAAGAAUUCAUCGAUAUGUGUUCGAAAUCGGAUUUAGCGAAUGAGGAUAACGUUAACAAUUCAUCAUUGCCUGUUGUAAAAUCAAAACGAGCCAGUCGUAACUUACAUCAUUCAAAGUCAAAAAUACUGUCUGUUGUACAGCCCUCAGUUUCACCAUCUUUGAGUUCUGAUGUCUCAACGAAUUCUAAACAACUUACAAUAAUAACGUCAUUGCGAUCGCAUUUGAGUACAUUACAAAAAGAAAAAUUGUCUGACAUUCGGCAACUUGUUAAGUUUCUCAGCCGUUAUGAUUCUAUCCGAUCAUCUUUAUUGUCCCACAGCCAGGUGAUGGACAACAAAGCAUGCUCACUUGCAUCAAAUUGGAGCAUUUGGUUAGAUGACCAUCAGAAUUGGACUACACUGGUCUUAAAUAUGCUAAAGAAUCUUUCAAAAUUAAUUAUGUCAUUUUCCGUAUCAUCGAAAAGUUCUGUUUCUGAUUCAGAAUCAGUCUGUGAAGGAAUGGAUGAGACAGAAUUUGCAAUGACUCUCAAUCGCGAAUGCGUACUUGUUAAGUAUAAGCUUAUAGGGGAUUUGAUUUUACCACUCUUGGUUGAAGUCAAUGAACAUGUUACUUCCAAUCCAUAUCUAUACAAUUCCCUUAAAGGUUUUAUGCAGAUGCUCAAUAUGCGCUUCAAAACUAUCGAGGAAACUUUCCUCAGUGAAAUUAAAGAGUUAGCAAUAGAAAAUGUACAAUCAGUAAAGACAGAAAAAGUAAAACAGAAGACUGUCUCGGGAAGGUCACUGAACAGGAUGGCUUUAUCUGUUUGGAAUCGAGUUUAUGAUCGUUUGCAUGGAUUUGAUUCGUUUCUUCCUAUGGCUGAUGUGAAUGAACCGAUGUCAAUAUACGCUCAAAUCGAUGCAUGCAUUCGUCAAGCCACUGAUGUUGAUAAUCUCGCUCUCAUUUCUAACAACGGAUCUAAAAUUGACCGUGAUGUGGAGCAUCAUUACUAA